AUGAAGGGAAUAAUCGAAGAUUAAAUUUCACUGUGAUAAAGUAAUUUUUUCACACAAUUAUUUACACAAUCCAGUCAAUUAAUUGCCUACGAAAGUUACUAUUGCAUACAAAAGUUGUUUUGCCGAAUUUGUACGGAAAAACAAAAUGAAAAGCGAAAUAAAAACAGAAGGAACGAACGUGCGGAAUAUUUUUAUUACCUCGCUUAUCGCAGGAGGUGCCGCAGGAACGUUUGUGGAUAUUGCAUUAUUUCCACUAGAUACAUAAACUCGAUUGCAGAGUGUACAAGGAUUUUUAAGGGCUGGAGGUUUUACAGGUCUUUAUAAAGGAAUCUAUCCAGUCAUAGUUGGUUCAGCACCAACAGCUGCAUUAUUCUUUUUAACAUAUGAAGAAAUUAAAACUAUAAUACAACCAAAGAUUUCUGCAAAUUACUAUACAGUACUUCACAUGGGAGCAGCAACAUUAGGAGAAAUGGUAGCAUGUUUAAUACGAGUUCCAGUGGAAGUCACAAAGCAAAGAAAACAGGCACUGAUAUAUGACAAGGAACCACUUGGUCUUAAGUUACUGUACCGUGGAUAUUGGAGUACGGUUUUACGAGACACACCUUUUAGUAUUGUACAAUUUCCCUUAUGGGAAUAUUUGAAGAAGUGCUAUAGUUUUCGCAUGAAGAGAGAGAUAUAUCCUGUGGAAAGUGCAAUUUGCGGAGCAAUUUCAGGAAGUAUCUCCGCUACUGUUACAACUCCAUUGGACGUUGCCAAAACAAGGAUAAUGCUUGCUAAUAGAACAAUGCUUUCAUCACAACUGACAGUAUUAAAUAUACUUCAUGAAACAUAUCUAGAAAGUGGUUUUCGUGGCCUGUUUGCUGGACUUGGACCAAGAAUAGCAUGGAUUACAUUAGGAGGUUUCAUAUUCUUUGGCGUUUAUGAAGAAGCAAGAGUACUCACAGACAGUAUUUUAAAUUCUAAAAUAACUGUGUGAGUUUAUCUAGUCUUAUAAAAAAUUACAUUCACAUUUAAAUGUGAAUUACACGAUCUAUUAUUAUGGAUUGUUAUUAUAAUAAAUAAUAAAUUGUUAAAA